CUACUCUCCUGCCAAGUAUACCGUGUUCCUCCAACUCAAGCAUCAUACCCGAUCCAUCCAAUCAUUCCCCCCCCCUCAUCCUGGUCAACUACCACCACCCCCUCCAUCCCUCAAUGCCAUGCGUCGCGUUGUCGUGACGGGUCUGGGCGCGGUUACUCCCCUCGGCGUCGGUAUACGGCGGACCUGGAAACGUCUACUAGAAGGGCAUUGUGGUAUCGUCAAUGUGGUUUCGCGCGAUGAGCGCUUUCAAGAGAUCCCCUCGCAGAUUGCAGCCGUCGUGCCCCAGGGGAGAAAGGAAGAUGGGGCCUGGACGGCGUUGGAAUGGAUGGAUCGUAGGGAUGAACGUGUAAUGGCCAAGUUUGCGCAGUAUGCUAUGGCUGCCGCGGAAGAGGCUCUUGAAGAUGCGGGCUGGAAGCCGACCACACAUAAGCAGAAAGAGGUUACGGGAGUCUGUCUUGGCUCGGGCAUUGGCAAUUUCGACGAGAUAUACGACACGGUCGUUGCGUAUGAACAAGGGGGCUACAAAAAAGUCAACCCUUUGUUCGUCCCAAGGCUACUGAUUAACCUUGGUGCCGGGCAUAUCUCCAUGAGAUAUGGAUUCAUGGGCCCUAAUCACGCCGCAACGACGGCUUGCACGACGGGUGCUCAUUCCAUCGGCGAUGCAGCACGCUUUAUUGCCUGCGGCGACGCCGAUGUCAUGGUUGCUGGCGGCGGCGAGUCUUGUAUUCAUCCGCUAGCCAUUGGCGGGUUCGCUCGUGCCCGCAGUCUCGCCACGGAAUUCAACGAUAACCCCGAGAAAGCGUCCAGACCAUUUGAUGCAGAUCGAAAGGGAUUCGUUGUUGGCGAGGGUGCAGGUAUGCUGGUUCUAGAGGAACUCGAACACGCUCGCAGCCGAGGCGCCCACAUCUACGCCGAAUUAAGCGGCUAUGGCUGCUCUGCGGAUGCUCACCACAUGACCGCCCCCAAGGAGAACGGCGAGGGUGCUUUCAUGGCUAUGAAAAAGGCCCUUAGGCAAGCCCAACUACCACCCAGUGCGGUCGACUAUGUCAAUGCACACGCAACCUCGACGAUCAUCGGUGAUGCCGCCGAGAAUGCAGCAAUCAAGGCUCUCCUUCUCGGACCGGAAGGCAAGCAGAAAGCCGCAGAUGUAAACGUUAGUAGCACCAAGGGUGCCGUGGGACACUUGCUUGGUGGUGCUGGAGCGGUGGAGGCCGUGUUUAGUGUGAUGGCUAUUCAGAAUAAUGUUAUGCCGCCUACUAUCAAUCUGGAUCGCCUGGCGGAUGGAUUCGACUGUAACUAUGCCCCGAAUGAGCCGCAGUCUCGAAAGAUCGAUGUUGCCUUGACGAAUAGUUUUGGCUUUGGAGGGACGAAUAGCAGCCUUUGUUUCACUAGGCUGAAGCAAUGAGAGUCGUCCCGGGCGAUUGUUGUACUAUUAUUGUAUUUUAGCGUUGUUCAUUGCAGCCUGUUGGCCAUACAACUUGUAUACAAGAAACCUGAUGCGGUAUUUCGGGACAAACAAAUGAAUGACUCAACCCAUUUCAUAAGUUACCUUUAUUCAUACUUCUGGAAAGACUUGUUUCCGA